AUGUCAUUCAGAUUAUUGACGAGGACUUCUCAAUGUCUCCCCCGCCUUAACUGGUUUAUUCCCGUCAGGCGGUACGCCAAACAACCUCAGUACGAUGAAGCAGAGUUGUUUGCAGAAAAUAUUAACCAUGGCGCAUAUAAAGCCAAAAAAAGGCCAUCCGAUGAGCAUUUCCAAUGGCCUGAAAAGUCUCCUGACCAGAUUUCGAAGGAAUCUGAACUUCAAUGGGAAAGAAUGGCUAAAUUGUCCGCCGUUGGGCAGGGGAUCCUCAUUCUUCUGGUAGUGGGUGGGCUGGGAACGGCCUACCUGCGUUGGCCAGAAUUAAAAUCCUGGUGGUUAAUCAAGAUGAAUGGCGGUCGCAUAGAUGCAACGCAAGAGCAAAGUGGUCAGGAUUCAUUGGAGAAAUUGAUCAGGCAAAAGGCCAAAAAUCUAUUAAGGGAGAUCCCUCAAGUACCUGCCUUUCAACUUGGAAUAGAUCAUCCUGGUGUGUAUAUAUGGGGGAGGUGUCAUUCUAAGGACUCAUUGUUCCCCAUUAGAGUACCUAAUCUGGAUGAUCGUAAAUUCAGAGAUGUCCUGCUAGCUCCCUCUGACGACUUCAACACUAAUUUCGCAAUUGACGAGAAAGGUGAUUUGAUAUCAUGGGAUGAUUUGGGACAAACAAAAACGUUAUUACCAGACCAAAACCUAACUUCAAUGAAGUACUCUAGUGACUUCUUGUAUGCAUUGAAUAAAAAGGGUGAAAUAUUGAUUAUACCUAUUAGGGCGCCGGACCUGAUGGCUUCCAAACUAUCGUUAAGAAGGUCGAAAUUGUUGCCAUGGAAGAGAAAACUAAAAUAUGACUGGAAAUUACAAACAAGUAAGGUUUUUAACGGUAAGAAAGGAGAGAAUCGCAUAGUACAAUUUGACGCUGGUUGCCAUCACCUUGUGUUGCUAUCCAAUUUAAACAAGGCUUAUUCUUGCGCGACAGGGAAUGAUAAAAAACAAGCUCAAGUAUCCAGAGGACAAUUCGGUAUACCAACAUUUUCACAAUUUGAUGAAUUUCCUCCCAAUAAUGAGCUAUUCGAAAUCGAACUAUUGAACAAAUUCAAACACGAAGGAGACGACUUUAUUCAGAAAAGAGAAAUUAAAAAGAUAGCUUGCGGGUCAUAUCAUACACUGGCAGUAGAUCAGAAUGGUGAAAUGUAUGCCUUUGGCUGGAAUAGGUUUGGCCAAUUGGCAUUACCUAUUUCAUACAACCUGGAAUAUGUUUCUUUCCCAAGGUCAGUAACGCACGCAUUUAGACCGCAUUUCCCAGGUAUGACGAACUGGAAAUGUGUGGAUGUUCAUUGUGACGAUGAAACAUCAUUUGUGACCAUUCGUAAACCUGGCUCAACGCCAGAUCAUCAUUAUUUUGCGUUUGGUAAUGGACUUUUUGGCGAAUUAGGUAAUAACACUUUCAAGAACUCACAAUGCGAUCCUAUAAAAAUCAAAUUGGAUGACAAGGAAUUAACCAAUUGGAGCUGUGGCUCCCAUUGCGUAUUUGGUGAAACUGGGCAAGAGAAUGAGAUCAUUGCCUGGGGAAAUAACGACCAUGGCCAACUAGGUAUUGGAAAGAAAACUAUGAAAUGCGCUAAACCGAUUAACAUUCCCAACGUCCUGAAGCCAGGACAAGAUACGACGGAUUUGGACUCAAUUUAUAACAGCAGAUUGCACUUAGAAAAGCAACAACGUAUUGUUACUAACGGUAAUAAAAGUUGUAUAUACUGGCGGGUUUGA